UGUAGAGACACCUCCUGUCUUUGUUACUUUCAUCUGGCAGAUUUGAGCUUAUUCUCCAAUAUGGCAAAAUAGUUGCCAGAACCCUUUGAAAGAUGUCAGAUUGGAAUAUACCUGCAAUCUACAAGAGGACUUUUCUCAUACUUUAAUUGUCAAAUAUUUCCAACAGAAAUAAGCCACUGGGAUGGAAUCCCAUCAACUCUCCCAGCUGUCCUCCUUGAAGGAAGAGUUGAAGCCUGAGGAUUACAUUCAGCCCCACUAUAAGGAAUCCUAUCGGCUUGCCAUUGAUUUACUGGUAAACCAUGGCAGAGAAAGAUACCAGGAGUUUCUCAAGGCUGAGCGGAUAGGAAGCUUUCUCUCAGAAGACGAACUUCAAUUCAUCACUACAUAUGCCUCACGGCCUAGCAACCUGACAGAGGAUAUCGACGGCCUGUUUCCGGACGAUCCAGCCAGCCAGCCCUCAACGGGGACGUACUGGCCUGAACACUCUGACAUAGCAACGCCUGACCUGGAAUUAGGGUGGCCAGAGGUCAGGCAUGACAUACUGCAAACCAAUAUAGAUGUUCUGUUUCAUCCACCCAGACUUAACAACCUGACCAUCAAAGAGGUGAUCCGUAAACAGAUUCAGGAUGCAAGACAGGUUAUUGCAAUUGUAAUGGAUAUAUUUACAGAUGUGGAUAUAUUCAAAGAGGCUGUUGAUGCCUCCAUCAGAGGAAUUCCUGUUUAUGUGCUUCUGGAUGAAUUUCAUCUGCAAAGCUUUCUUUCAAUGGUUGAGAAUCAAGACAUCCAAAUCCCGAAACUUAGGAACAUGAGAGUGCGCACAGUGAAGGGUCAGGAUUACGUCUGUCGUUCAGGAGCAAAGUUUCAUGGAUCAAUGGAGCAAAAGUUUUUAUUGGUUGACUGCCAAACAGUAGUGUACGGAUCAUACAGCUUCAUGUGGUCCUAUGAGAAAAUCAACCUGAGUAUGGUGCAGGUCAUUAAAGGGCAGCUGGUGGAGUCCUAUGAUGAGGAGUUCCGGACCCUCUUCGCCCGCUCCUCUGUGCCAGCAGCCCUGACCCCACCCGAGGGUGUGCUACUAGAACGGAAUGGAAGGCAUGCUGUGGCGAAGUAUCCCUCUCAAUCCGCCCACGCCUUUGAGAGGAAGGAUCAGCUGAGACACACCCUCAACACGGUGUACAUGAAAGCCUGUGAGAGACCCAUGCCGAUGGGAGAGAUGGACGAGAGGCUUUACGAUGAUGAGCCAUUUGCGCAUCGACCCGUGAUGAACUAUGGCACGAGUGUCAAAAAACGCAUCCAACAGUUCCAAUCCACAGAGACCGCGGACUUCCUGAAAAGGCACAGUUACGCCGGGGAGAGGCAAGAAGUGCCGUAUGUUCCACAAAACACGAGGUACGGGGCCAGCAACUGGAACGUGGCUGGUGACGGAGGUGCCCACUACGCUCCGGGAAGAAGUCACAUUCGCAGUGCCAUGGAGGAGCCUUUUCAGGGGGCGCAGAUGUACAGGGGUCACAAUAACCGGCAGUCCUACCACGGCAAUGACAAACAUGUCCUUACCAUGCAGCAGAACAUGCCUACGUUGGAGCGCACGGCCAAGUCCUUCCUGCGUACGUAUCGUAUAGAGUCCUACCUCAACAACCAGGACGCACCUGCGGGGGAAUGGCAUGACUACGUGGACCAGUACGAACCGCAGGAGAACAAAACCAACUCGUUCAUUCCCUCCAGAAUGAGGUCAUCGCUUGUUUUCAAGGGCACCAUUCCAGAGCAACCGGAGACCUGCUCGUCCUCGUCCGCGCGUGCGCCCGAUCCACCCGCCAGGCCAUACAACGCGUCGUAUUACUCGUCCAUGCAGUGGAAUCCACCGACGUCCACGGACAGCAGGAUGGUACCGGACGACAUCACGAAGAGGCGAAGUGUGGCAAUGGAUGAUCCUAGGAAUAACAUUGGCUACGGCCCAGGAAGAGAAAUGCAUCAAUCCGUCUACGCCAGCUUGGGAAGAGCCAAUGCGGGAAGGGCUCUCAGAAACCCUGAGGUCCAACAAGACAACUGGCAUAAAAGGCACAGUGUGGCGGAUCCCAAGUCUAACGGUCACAUGUACAGCGGGGCCUUUGUGAGGAGACAUGCCGAUGGUGGUCCAAUAAGACCUGGUGCGCAAAAUGGAGGAUAUUCUUCGAAUCUGAACGAGGAUCAAAGAUCUGUCUCUCAUUAUGAUGUCAAAAAUGUUAGGGACAUGAAAACCCCACCUGUUCCCAAUUGGCAAGAGCCUCCCUCCAGAACUGUGUCUGCGGCAGCCCUGGAUAUGACCAGCGAAGAGGAAUCCACUAGAACGGCCAUAUGCUCCCCACGUUUCAAAAGUAGCACCAAGAAAAUCCGGUCAUUGCUCAACAUACCAGAGAAAAAAGAGGGUUCCUCUCCAACCCAGAAAAAACUAAGUCCAAAAAGAGAUAGUAGCACAGACACCAUAGUGGCUGAAACAGAGGAACUCACACCAGGUAGAGAGAGAACAGUUGCAUCACAAAGUAGCACCACAAGUUCCACUAAAUCGCCUUCCAGGCUACAUAGGGACAAGAACCAUUUUACUGAUGACCUAAGAAAAUCCUCAACUCCUCGUUUUAGCACAGAAGAACUGCACGCAAGCAUUCCUGCUAGAGCUACGUCCAGUAGGAGCGACCGGCGAGAUACUGACAUUGGCGAAAAGAAUGAAAAGACAAGCGUCUCCUCCGGAAACUGGCGUGGAGAUCGAGGUGGUGACAAUCGUUUGUACAGCAGAUUUGAGCCUUUCUGCUCAUUUGAGAAAAAGCAACUCCACUCUUCACAAACCACUUCCACAUCCACUGAGAGGACCAAGAGCGUCCUCUCUGCUAAAAGCCGCCCCAUAAAUGAACACAACCACAUUGGCCAGCAGGCACAUAUCACCCAUGAAAACAAACUGGGCAAAUUCAUACAAAGAGUUGGGAAUUUUAUUAACAAAAACAAGUAGUGGAGUAUUAUGUUAAGAUAAAUCACCCCAACAAGGAUUAUUGGUCAAAUUUGAAAAAUGUUUGUGAAUUGUGUUUUGCACCAUAUAAUUUCAGACGGGCUUACAUGAAGAGAAGAGGUCCUUUCAGCUCUGUUUAUGGACAGUUCGGCAUUUCCACAAAGAGGAAGGGCAGUCUGAAUGUUUGUUGUUGUAUGUUUUAUGUUCUAUUUAAGGGGUGAGGGGCACAGGUGAGGGGCACAGGGGAGGAAGCCAUUUUGUUUUUCUCUUCGUUUACAUUCACCAGUUAGAAGGUUUCUCUGCAUCCUGAUUUCAUUUAUUUGUUCGGUUUAACAUUUGGAUUGACUAUUCUACGGUGGGGAUAUUGGGUAGGCUACUUUAGAAGAAUGUAGACAUGCCUAAUGAUAUGAAAAGAGUUAAACAAUACCUUUAUGGUUCAAUAGUUUCAAAGCAGACUGCCUUGGCGUAGCUGUGGGUAUUACGUGUGUUGAGGCCCGGUGGCAUGGCACAGCACACUGUUGAGACUGUAGAACCUCUCCUGGUGUUUCUACAGUGUGCCUGGCCCUGCAGCCAUUGGUUUGUUAAACAGCUACUUUAUAGUUCAUAUAGUCUUUUAUUUUGGAAGAUAUUUCAGGUAUUUUCUUUGCUCUGUUACAACAUGUAUUAUUCAUGUUUUGAAUACGUCAGGCUUUGGUGCCUCUACUACUUGUCCUACCAAAACUGGUGUGUCUUCAGUCAUCAAUAUCACUGUUCCACAUGGUUCAAACCAUAAACCCUGAUUGGCUAAAAGCCAUGGUGUAAACGUUUAUAUAUGACACAAAAAUUAUUCCUUUUCAAAAGCAGAUUUCAUAUCAGUUUAUAACAGCAACAAGGCACCAUUGUGGUUUGUGGUAUUUGGCUAGAUACCCCGUAUUUAAUGCAUGUUUUUUUGGGCUUAAACUGCAGCUCUUGGUUGGAAAGAUUUCCCUUAUCCAUUUUAAAUGUGUGAUAAAGCCAUCAUUAUUUAUUUAUACAUCAUUAUGCCUUUUUUCUGUUGUUCUACAUUCUUUAUAGAAAAUCAUGAGCUGCAGUGUUUACUACUACAUAAUUUUAUUCUGUGCUUCAUUUUUAUUCAUCUUAUUAUAUAGGACUAAACAGGUGGUUUUUUUGCCAGCAACUGGCUACAAUCAUAAGGUAUGGGAGUGUACUAUCACAGGUAGGAGAAUAAGGUCAUCCAUGGUGGUCAGAAAACUCUCAACGUUUGGCAUCAACUGUGCUACAAAACCAUGUUUUACAAGCUGUAAUUUUAAUAUCCUUGUUUAUUAACACAAUGUUGCUACAGUUAUUUGUCUAAUCAUUAUUUGUGAGUGCAUUGUAUGAAAGGGGAGGGUGUGCAAUUUCUUUCUAAAUAUUUCUAAUUUUGGGAAGAGCAGUGCAUUUUUCAUGACAACUAUGUUCUCAGCAAAUGUGUAAGUUUUUAUACACCUUAUUCCAUUUGGUUGACCUGAUUUGACAACAUUUGCGUUAUUAUUUAGGUGUAUGUAUUAAGAGUAUGUGGCAGUACUGCAUAAUAAUCUCUUUACGUUCUAAUAUACUAUUUUACAAAAAAUGUAUGUGUUAGUGUAGUAGAUAUCACUAAAAAAGUAUAGAUGUUUUUUAUUUUGAAAUAUAAAAGAGGAAGAAGGCCAUGCUUUAACAGCUCUGGUCAACCCCAAAAUUGUAGAACUUCUGCUGCACUUGAAGACAAUAAAAACUGUGAUAACAAACAAUAGAAAAUCUUAAAAAACAAACCAUUUGUUUGUCUUAUCAGACCACUCACAGGGAGGUCAAAGCAAACUUGAAACAUACAGCUGUCAGGGAUACAAUAUCUUUCUCAAUAAAUAUUUUGGCAUUCCUUGGAAAGACAGAAGUACUGACAGAAUGUAAUUUUUUACAUAGAGUAAAUGGAAUGCACAAGUAUUAUAAGAGAACUUUUUUGUUCUGAAAGAAAUCUGACAUUCCUACUUGAAUUUUGUCUUACAGGACAGCUGUUAGAGCUGAAGAUCAUGUAUGGUAUGAGAAAUAUAAUGCCAUUUACGUGAAGUUGAUAAAGUAUAAUUGUUGUAUCUCUCAGGUUAUUUGUUUAACUUCAAUGCUCUAUUCUGUGAUUUUAAAAUGUAAUGGGAAAUGCAAUGGUAUUACAGGGUGACUAUUUUGGGGAAAUGUGAAGGUGAGCUUUGCAAACAUUCAAAAAUUAAGUUGAAAAAUACAGAUGUUUUUUCUAAACAAAGGCCUUGUUUAAUUUCAACAGAAGCCACAAGCAGGGUUUCACAUUAUAGUUACAUGGGAAAUUAUGGGAUAUUCACAUCCUUUUGGAACACUUCACCUGAUCACGUUUUCACAUUCACGUUUCUAUUUAUAUGUUCCUUCAUCUAAAACAUACACAAGCAGCCAAAUUCUGAUUUUGUUUUUACUGCAAUUUUCACAACGGAGAUCUUUUCACAUUUAAUCAGAUUGGUGAGAACAAAAGAUCAGAAUGUAUAAGUGGAACAACGUUGUCAGAUAUUGUCAAACAUUUGGUCCUGAAGAAAGAUUUUGGAUUCAAUAAACACCACACAGGCGGAUGCAUGUACACAAACACACAACACUAAUUUGCAGCCUACCUUGGUAGUACAGUGAUUUGACAAGCCUCUUCAUUUUUAGUUCUUCCUGUGCAAUUACAUUUUCAGUGAAAAGAUAGUACAAUAGUUUACCACAACAGAAAGUUUACCACAUAACCUAGCCUAAUCAACUAAUAAACAGUUUAUUGUAAUGUUAUGAUGUUGCUAGAUAUCUAAAUAUAGGCUAGCAAAAAUAUAGGCUAGCAAAAAAAAAAACAUUAUUACAGAUUUAUGAUCAUCACUGCCCAUCUAUUUUGUGUUGACAUUUCCUGAUGAAUAUGCCCUGAAAUCCUGUGAAACAUUAACAUUUAAGACAGUUAGAGGUCAAUUAACUGUGAAGGUGAUUGGUUAAAAUAAUCAUAAUUUACAAUUAUUAUUAUUAGGAUAAAAUCUUUAACCAUUUUCAGAUACCUACAGACACAGAACACAAUAAACAUAGAAAACAAUAAACAUUCUACCAUAUAUUUUACAUAUGCAUUAAAAUGCGUUUGGGUGAUCCAUGCUCAGUCAAUUAAUCAAAUCUAAUAUAAUAUAAUCUCAAUUUCAAAAUUUCAUAUUAAUCUUGGAACUAUUUUCUGUUGAAUAUAGGUUUUACAGAAUUUGCAUAUGAUUGCAAUCUGUUUUUAUUUACAUUUUACUUUUUCGGAAAUGAGGUUGCAGGAAUAUUCAAAAUGUUUAAACCUCCAAAAAUCCUCAUUACAUUAGACUUAAGCUGAAUUACAUCAUCAGGGCAUUCAGCAACUUCUCCUUUUGGUCGACUUGCUUUCAAAAGCUGUAAAAAAAUAUAUUUGUGGAUAUACAGAAUAAAGGAUGCCUUACACUGUUCAGUACUUGUUUUCUUACUUCACCAGAAAUUCAGUGAACGGUGUAGACUUGGCUAUGUAAUGCUUCUCUGUAGGUUCGGACCAAGCCCCACAGCGAACAUUUAAUUUCACAUGACAGUGACAGUAAACCAUUGAUUUUAACUGCAUUUGAGCCUGAGAAACGUUUAUGUUUUUAGGUGUUUAUUAAUGUUGAUAAGUAUGGCCCAGUGGAAAAUAGACAAUUUAUGUAGCGAUACAAAUAGUCUGGUUACAAAUCUGUUAUCAAAAUGAGUUCUUCUUUACCAGAUUGACUGAAAACAGCUGAGCAAAAACUGCUUUUAAAGGAGGCCCAUUUUGGAGAUGAUCGAAAUGACUGUAGACAACCGAUGACUGAUUUAUCCACAGAUCACCUCACGUCAUGAAUAUACCAGCUUAUUAUCAUUUCUAGAUCAGUCAGUCAAGUGGUUCAAAACCGCAUUUUAUCAUUGGUUAGUUGUGACUGAAUGAUCUUUCAAUUAAUAACGAGCCAUUAUGUUUGAUGCAAGGUUAUUUGUAGGUCAUUCAAUCCACCGUUGUUUGGAUCCUCUCAAACAGCCCAUAUGUCUCAGAGCAAUUAACCAAUGUAAACCUCCAAUUUGUACAUUUGAAAUACAUGUCUUUAGCGAUCAGAGAACAAUUAUAAAAAAUUAUAUAUUGGUUUAUAUACCGACUGAGAUAUUUUAUAGGCUAGAAUGUAAUCAAUAGUGAUUUUAGUAUUCUAAUCUACUAGUAAUUGUAACGAGGACGCGCAUGGAGGACGCGCGCCACCCCUCCCGACGUGGUGUUCGGUGUGCGUCAUCGCCUGCCUUCUAGCCACACCGCUCCUCCUCCCAAGGCACUGUCCUGUCUUGUUAUUGCACACACCUGGUGUCCAUUCCCUCAUUAGGUUGCCU